GAUUGAUCAAUUGGCUGAUCCGGUCCUCGCCGAGCGGCUGAAUCAACUUGAUUCCCCAAUCAUCCAUGUGUCAUACUUGCGUUACCGAACAAUCCGGUAUUAAAACCUCUCUUGUAGCGGCCAUGAUAUAUCAACGCCAAAAUGGAUCACAGUACCAAACUGCCAUGAUUGCGGAAAUGUGCAUCAUAUUGUUUUGUUUUAUCUCACCCCGUUUGGUCCUCUGAUCGAUUGUGUUGUUCUCAAAAUGUCUUUAAAUUGCUCCGCACGAAGACAGGCACUUGUGACAUUACGGACUAAGACAAAUGCUACGCAUAAGUGCCUUAGAUCAUUAUCAAGUUCCGCAACCAAGGACCUGACAACAGGAAGACAAAAUGGCAAACGAAAGGAGAGGGUCGUGAUACUGGGCUCUGGGUGGGCAGGCUACGCCCUUGCGCGGACAUUAGAUCCAGCUAAAUUCGACCGCGUUGUCGUUUCCCCCAGGUCGCACUUCGUCUUUACUCCCCUGCUGGCCUCUACCGCCGUCGGCACUCUAGAGUUCCGCGCCGUGGCCGAGCCCGUCCGCCGCAUCCGCCAGGUUAUAUUUCACCAGGGGUGGGCAGACGACGUCGACUUCACGCGCAAGGUCGUCCGGGUCGAGGCCAGCAUCGACGACGAUGCCGCAUCCCACACCACAAUCCCCGCACCGGAGCCGGCGACCAUACCAGGCAGUGCCGUUAUUCCCACCACUCCGCACAAGGGCCCCAUGAUCGACGUGCCGUAUGACAAGCUGGUGGUCGCAGUGGGCGCCUACUCGCAGACGUUCAACAUCACCGGCGUGCGCGAACAUGCACACUUUCUCCGCGACGUCGGCGACGCGAGGCGCAUUCGCCUUCGCAUUCUAACCCUGUUCGAGCACUGUGCCAGCAACCCGACGAUAUCCGACGAGCAGAAGCGCGAGCUGCUCCACUUUGCUGUGGUGGGGGGCGGGCCGACCGGCAUCGAGUUUGCGGCCGAGCUGCACGACCUCAUCUACGAGGAUCUGAUCAAGGUCUACCCGGGUCUUGUCCCGCUGGUCCGCAUUACCGUUUAUGACAUCGCCCCGGCGGUCCUUCCCAUGUUCGACCGGGAGCUGGCUGACUACGCCAUGGAGCUUUUCAACCGUAGGGGUAUAGAGAUACGUACGGAACACCAUCUGCAAGCCAUACGUGCCGAGGGAGAAGGUCUGAAGCUCAAGAUAAAAGAGCACGGCGACCAGGAGGUAGGCGCAGGGAUGGUCGUCUGGAGCACGGGAUUGAUGCAGCACCCGCUGGUCAAGAAGCUCACCAACAACCAAGUCCGUGGCCGAGAUUCAAACUCAAACUCGCCUUUGCGCCUCAGAAGUGACCCCAAAACUGGCGCCAUUGUGACUGAUGGUCAUAUGCGGGCACAACUUACAGAAAAUGCGUCAGGAGAGAAAUUAUCAAGAAUGGACGACGUCUUCGUCAUCGGCGAUUGCGCUUUUUGCGAAGCUGAUCAGUCAUUGCCAAAGACAGGCCAAGUCGCAUCCCAACAGGCUGUAUACCUAGCCAAGGCCAUGAACAAGGGGAACAUAGCCGAGAGUAAACCCUUUUCCUUCAGAAAUUGGGGAACGAUGGCAUACCUGGGAGGCUGGCGCGCGAUCCAUCAAAGCAGCGCGGACGAACUAAGAGGACGUGCCGCUUGGGUUUUGUGGCGGACGGCAUAUUUGACAAAAAGCCUGAGCGUGCGCAAUAAGAUUGUUGUGCCGUUUUUCUGGUUUAUAUCAUGGCUCUUCGGAAGAGACAUAUCUCGUUUUUAGUAACAUAUCUCAAAUCCCUCCUCACUGUUUAAUUAUUAACAUGAUUCUGGGCCCAGCUGCCUGAACUGCUACCUUCUACCUUUCUCUACUUGUUCUUUAUUUCACCCAACAACAAGCGGAA